AUGGCGAGUUACGCCGUGUUGGGUGAAAACAGUUCGGGCAAGUCAGUAUUGCUAAGAUGUCUGGCGGGCAUUUUGGAACAAGAUGAUGGUGACGUGAUGAUGACAAAUGACGUUCAAAUAGUCUCUGCAGGAAGCGGUAGCAGGGAUAGUAGCAGUGGCGUCACACGACGUUACCCCAAGAUCGGGUUUGCCCCACAGAAUCUUGAUGUGCCUGGACCGAUGAAAAUAUGCCACCUACUGCACUUUAUCGGUGCCGCCAACGGACUAAUCAUUGACAAAAUUAUAGAGAGCUACAAGACCUUAGUGCCGAUGAUCGGGUUACCGGUGACUACGGACUUCUUGGUUGACCGACUAAGAUUAAGCCAAAAGAAAGUUUUAUCUCUGGUGUUAGCAAUUGUACACGAUCCCGAAGUGAUCAUUUUAGACGACAUCACUACUGGCAUGGACACCGUAACGUUAAAAAAGUAG